AUGGAAGUUGGAGGUUGGAGAAGGGGUAGCAGAUUUUCUUCGUAUGAGAGAUUGGCUGCCAUAGGGUUGGUGCUUCUGGCUGUGGCUUCUCCUCUCUACAUAGACCGCAAGACGGAGUGUGAGUUGGAAGAGGAAGACCAACCUAUCAACUUUGAUGCCUUCUUGCCGUUUCUCUUACUUCUUCUCAUUUUCGGCAUAGCUUUAUCGGCUUUUCUCGACCGAACCCUUGCCGCCUUUGAUCGUUACUGGAUUUACAGAGUUAUUGGUUCUUCUGGCGGUAUUCUUGCCAUUCUUUCUCUUCUUUUGCUUAUUUUGAAUCUCAAAUCCUCCCUCUGA